CAGCCCUUCAGUUUCGCGGUCCCUUAUCUUCUUCCCCAAGCAUAUAUCUGCUCUGUUCAUCUUAUUCAUUCUGGUUUUUCACUCACAACUCCUGGUUUCUUGCAUAUCGAAUCAAUCCCAAUCUUCUCUGCAUACAUCUAUAUACGUAGCUAGCUGUGUCUUUGUAUACAUAUUUUGUUUUUCUCUAUAAUUUAGGGUUUUGGAUAUUCUGCAGUCUGUCAAUGGCGAACUCCGCCGCCGCCCCUGGUGGCGUUCGUAUCGUCGUCGCCGGCGACCGCGGCACCGGCAAAUCCAGCUUGAUUGUCACAGCCGCCGCCGAUACCUUCCCCACCAAUGUCCCCCCUCUGUUGCCUCCCACCAGGUUGCCCGAUGACAAGUACCCUGAUCGAAUCCCUGUUACAAUCGUCGACACAUCUUCUAGUUUGGAGAAUAGAGGUAAGCUGGCUGAAGAACUGAAGCUAGCUGAUGCUGUUGUGCUCACUUAUGCGUGUGAUCAGCCUGUGACGCUCGAUCGAUUGAGUACUUUCUGGCUUCCCGAACUCCGUCGAUUAGAGGUAAAGGUGCCAGUUUUAUUAGUGGGUUGCAAGCUGGAUUUGAGGGAUGAGCAGUAUAAAUUGAGCUUGGAGCAAGUGAUGUCGCCAAUAAUGCAACAGUUUCGGGAGAUUGAAACUUGUAUAGAAUGUUCAUCAAUUAAACAUAUUCAGAUCCGUGAAGUUUUCUACUAUGCACAAAAAGCAGUUCUUCACCCAACAGCUCCUCUAUUUGAUCAGGAAGCACAAACUUUAAAGCCUCGGUGUGUGAGGGCUUUAAAACGGAUAUUCAUUCUUUGUGAUCAGGAUAGGGAUGGUGCACUCAAUGAUGCAGAGUUGAAUGAUUUUCAGGUCAAAUGUUUCAAUGCUCCAUUACAACCUUAUGAAAUUAUGCGUGUUAAGUGUGUUGUGCAAGAACAACUACCUGAAGGCGUCAAUGACCAUGGUCUUACUUUGACGGGAUUCCUCUUUCUCCAUGCAGUAUUCAUAGAAAAGGGGAGUCUUGAGACAACAUGGACUGUGCUAAGGAAAUUCGGAUACAAUAAUGAUAUCAGGCUCAGGGAUGAUCAACUUCCACCUCCAAUUGACCGAGCAAUUGAUCAGAGUGUGGAGCUGACAAGUGAAGCAGUGGAAUUUCUCAAGGGCAUCUUUCUCAUGUUUGAUAUUGAUGGUGAUGGGGCCCUUAAACCAGCUGAGCUUGAAGAUCUUUUUUCUACUGCACCAGAAAGUCCUUGGGAUGAAGCUCCAUAUAAGGAUGCUGCAGAGAAAACUGCUUUGGGAGGGCUAUCACUUGAUGGGUUUUUGUCGGAGUGGGCCCUUAUGACACUUCUAGACCCAAUUCGUAGUGUGGAGAAUCUUAUAUAUAUUGGAUAUGCCGGUGAUCCUUCUUCUGCCAUUCAUAUCACUUGGAAAAGACAUUUUGCACGUAGAAAGCAACAAUCUGACAGAACUGUUUUCCAGUGUUUAGUUUUGGGGCCAAAGAAGGCUGGAAAAUCUGCAUUAUUGAAUUCUUUCAUUGGAAGGCCUUUCUCUGGUAUCUAUACUUCAACCACUGAUGAGCGCUACACUGUCAAUGUUGUUGAUCAGCCUGGGGGAACUAAUAAAACUCUUGUAUUGCGAGAGAUACCUGAAGAUGGAGUUCAAAAAUUAUUGCCUAAGAAGGAUUUUUUGGCAGCCUGCGACAUAGCAGUAUUUCUUCAUGACAGUUCUGAUGAGUCCUCAUGGAAGAGAGCAACUGAAUUGCUUGUGGAAGGUGCUAGUCAUGGAGAAGCGACUGGCUAUGAGGUGCCUUGCCUCAUUGUUGCAGCUAAAGAUGAUCUGGAUCCAUUUCCAACUGGGAUACAUGAUUCAACAAGGGUAAGUCAGGAUAUGGGAAUAGAUGCUCCUAUACCUCUCAGCACAAAGCUGGAAGACUUUAACAAUGUGUUCCGUAGGAUUGUGACUGCAGCAGAACGCCCUCAUUUGAGCAUUCCUGAAACUGAAGCUGGCAGAAGUCGCAAGCAAUACCACAAGCUUAUUAAUCGCUCCCUGAUGUUUGUAUCAGUUGGAGCUGCAGUAGCCGUUGUUGGGUUGGCAGCAUACCGUGUUUAUGCAGCAAGGAAAAAUGCCUCCAGUUAAAGGGUGAAGGAUUGUGCCAGCUCUAUUUGCACGUUAUCAUAGCAAGUUCGAAUCGACUGUGUUGGAUUACAUUUUUUGGACCCCCACAUUGUCUAUGUUUCUCAAGAUAAAUAAUAGUUUUAAUUUUUAUUUUCUAGGUAGAGAAUUUGCAAUUUUCAUUUGGAAAGUAGCACACCUCAGAAAAUCUACCAUAUUAGCUCUCUUAUAUUCAUUGUAGGGCUUACUCCCAAUAUUUACUAGUAGGCUUUUCUCUCUAUAUAGAUGGGUUUCCUUGGUGGGAAACACAUGUGAGAAAGGUGCUUGUGCAUUGACAUUGUGCAGUAAAUAAAAUUUUGAAAAUGUAUGAUCUGAGCUUUGUUA